AUGGACCAACCGGAUCUGUCAAAUAGCAUAUCGCUGCACCCUCAUCCCUUCAGAACCCAGUCGGACUCGGCCAGCCGCCUAGCGAGAACACAAUCACCCCGCCCUUCAAUGGCAGCAAACGGCGCAAGCACCGGCGUGGAGGCCACAGAGGGCGGCGACGAGGGCGCCGUUGCCCGGCAUUCUCCAUCCACCCCAGGCGAUGUCGAGGUUGAGAGCCAGCGGGCCGGUCGGUUUCCCCUUGUCGGCGCCGGAAACGACCCUUACGGCCUGUCCCAGAGAUACAAGACGGCCUCGGAGUUGGCAGAAAUCAAGGCAAACACAUCUAGGAAACGUGAUGCUGCUCACCAGCCAGGCCCUACCGUCCCCGCCAAGGCGUCCACGACCGGCACGCUCGCGGGGUAUAUCAAACCCUUUGGGCGCAAAGCAACUACCGCGCGCCGUCUCGAGGGCUUUUACCAAGCUCAGAACGAGACCAUUGAGCGGUUGCUUAAAAGCGUCGAGGAGCACUGCGCCGAAGCGCGCCAGGAGCAGGGCGACGACCAUCUCAAGUUCAAGAUCGCCGUCUGGGGCUCACUCGUCGCCAAUCUCGUCCUCGCCGCGCUGCAGCUCUACGCCGCCAUCUCGUCCGGCUCGCUCUCGCUCUUCACCACCAUGGCCGACGCCAUCUUCGACCCACUCUCCAACGUCACCCUCAUCCUCACCAACCGCGCCGUCCGCCGCGUCGACCCGGCCCGCUUCCCCUCGGGCAAGGCCCGCCUCGAGACGGUCGGCAACAUCGUCUUCUGCUUUCUCAUGACGGCCGUCUCGCUCAUCAUCAUCGCCUUCGCCGCCAGGGAGCUCGCCGAGAGCUCGGAUGAGCUCCGGCCCUUCUUCCUGCCGUCCAUCAUCUCGGUCUGCAUCGCCUUCGGCACCAAGCUCGCCCUGUUCCUCUACACGUGGUCCAUCAAGGACAAAUACUCGCAGGUGCGCAUCCUGUGGGAGGACCACCGCAACGACCUGCUCGUCAACGGCUUCGGCAUCCUCACCUCGGUGGGCGGCAGCACGCUGGCCUGGUGGCUCGACCCGGCGGGCGCCAUCUUCCUGUCGGUGGUCAUCUCGUCGCUGUGGCUGCGCACCGCCUUCACCGAGUUCCUGCUGCUCGUCGGCGUCGUCGCGCCCGUCGAGAUCCAGCAGCUGAUUACGUAUGUCUGCCUCACCCACUCGCCCGCCAUCCGCCAGAUCGACACCGUGCGCGCCUACCACUCCGGCCCCCGCCUCAUCGCCGAGGUCGAUGUUGUCAUGGACCCGGACGCCACCCUCAUGGACACCCACGACAUCGCCGAGGAGCUGCAGAUGAAGCUGGAGCGCCUGCCGGAUGUUGAGAGGGCGUAUGUGCAUGUGGAUUAUGAGACCACCCAUAAGCCGGAGCAUGCGUUCAAGAAGGAUUUGUAA